AUGAAUAUUCCAGCGUGCGAUCCAACAAAAGUUGCUGUCGAAGUACAAACUUUAAUGACAUGUUUGAUGUUUAUGAGUUCUGUUUAUAACGUGACAGUUACGACUUUGUUGUCUAGCUAUUUUAAAUAUCAACAUAUUCCUCCGGCAAGAGAACGAGCGGCUGAUGCACGACGUCCUUCAGGCGGGAAUCGCCAAUCGCACCCAGUCGUUGGGGGCAAAGCGCUGACACCGCGCUACUCGCCGCCGCCGCGGCUCGACAAAAUCAGGCCUGCCGCCGCACCCCCAGAAGAGCCCCCAGAGCUCUCUCCUAGCGUGGACAUACCUUACCCUCAUGUCGAUACGCAGUCUAUGUCCACAGGUGAAGCGCAUACGCAGGUGAAUCAAGCCACUACGAGCCCUGCG